UCCCCCCCACUCUGCCUCUUCUUUUUCUUUCUUUCUUUCUUUUUUUGUUUUGUUGCUUUUGCCUCUCCUAUGUUCGGGAAACCAGACAAAAUGGACGUUCGGUGCCACUCGGACGCAGAGGCUGCCCGGGUCUCCAAGAACGCGCACAAGGAGAGCCGGGAGGGCAAGGGCGCGGAGGGGAACCUCCCCGCCGCCUUCCUCAAGGAGCCGCAGAGCGCCUUCUCGGCGUCGGGCGCGGCGGAAGAUUGCAACAAAAGUAAAUCCAAUUCCUCAGCGGACCCGGACUAUUGCCGCCGGAUCCUGGUGCGAGAUGCCAAGGGAUCCAUCCGAGAGAUCAUCCUGCCCAAGGGCCUGGACCUGGACCGGCCCAAGAGGACGCGCACGUCCUUCACGGCGGAGCAGCUCUACCGGCUGGAGAUGGAGUUCCAGCGCUGCCAGUACGUGGUGGGCCGCGAGAGGACCGAGCUCGCCCGGCAGCUCAACCUCUCCGAGACCCAGGUGAAGGUCUGGUUCCAGAACCGGCGCACGAAGCAGAAGAAGGACCAGGGCAAGGACUCGGAGCUGCGAUCGCCUUACUCGCGGACCAGCAAUAAAGAAGGGGCCGAGAAGAAAGCGCUGGACUGA